GAAGCCUCAAAGAAGCUUAGCGCAGCCGAUGAUUUCCUCUAUCUCUUUUGCGGUGACCCCCUUGUCAAGAAAACUCCGAUCAACGAAUUGGAAUGGCCUUUAAAUUUACAGAUCGACAACGUUACCAGAAAAGCGAUUGAACCAGAGGCAAAAGGAAAAUUGGGAAAAAAAAAAAAUUCAAAAACUAUAUGGAAAAUAUGGAUUCGGAGGAAAGUAAUCUGAAACAGCGAUUGGAGGAAUUGCAGAGAGAUCUGGGGAAGAAGCAGAAGUUCGAGGACGCGGUCUCCUCCAUCAAAUCUCUGUUCCUCCAUCGCUAUUCCUCUGCAUCUCCCUCUCUCCGCAAAUUGUUCUAUUCCGUCAUUUGCCGAGUUGCAACCGUCUUGAAGACGAGGUACACGUCGCCUGGUUUCUGGGCUGCCGGAUUGGGUCUUUUCGAGCAGGCCCAGAGCCUGGUCACCGAUGCUUCCGAGAAGAAUCACUUGCAGAGUUGCAUUGCUCAGGCUAAGGAAGUCUUGCAUCAAGUUCACAAUCCGCCCGAGCCUUCCAAUCCCAGUAAUGGAGGGUAUCUGUUUGAGGGUCAUCUGACGGUGGAUCCAGAGCCGCCACAGCCUCAGUGGCUUGUGCAAGCAAACCUCCUGAAUGCCGCUGCUUCUCUCUCUAACGCCGAAUCUUCUUCUUCUUCUUCUCUAGGACCGGUGGAACAAGACAACUCCUCGGAAAACGCUACCACUCUACUCCAGUCUCUCAUUGAAAAUUUGGAUAGCGUUUUGCCGCCGAUUCUGGAGAAUGAAAGAGGAGCCCCUAGAGUCCCACCUGCUAGUAAAGAAGUUGUGGCGAAGCUUCCUGUGAUUACCAUUACUGAGGAAGUACUUGGGAAGCUUGGUAAAGAUGCAGAGUGCGCCAUUUGUAAAGAAAAUUUGGUUGUGAAUGACAAGAUGCAAGAGUUGCCUUGCAAGCACACCUUCCAUCCUCCCUGUUUAAGGCCUUGGCUGGACGAGCACAAUUCUUGUCCAAUUUGUCGGCACGAGUUGCAAACGGAUGAUCAUGCCUACGAGAGCUGGAAGGAACGGGAAAAGGAGGCUGAAGAAGAGAGGAAAGGUGCUGCAAAUGCGAUUCGUGGUGGUGAAUACAUGUAUGUUUAGAUUGAAAGUCAUUUAAUUUAUAGAAAGAUUGUGAAAGACUAUACUUUGUACGAUAAAUCGUUUUCAAAUAAUACACCAAUAAAGGUGUUUAUAUGGCUUA